AUGGUUAAUUUGAAAUUGGGUCAAGUGGACGUGUUCCACAGAAAUAAAGAAUCAAAUGCAAACCAAAUUCCCGCAGAAGAAGAAGAUGUUGAUGCCUCAGAGUUUGAAGAAUAUGAGCCACUACCUAAGAAAGUGAGCAAUAGAAGACCUCGUGAAGAUAAAUUCACACAACAAAGACUGACAGCUAUCAAUCCAGUGUUGACGCCGAGAACUGUAUUGCCGGUAUAUGUGCUAGUAGCUGCAGUGUUCGUGAUUGUUGGUGGAUGUCUCCUUGCAGAAUCUGCCAAAGUGGAUCAAAUCAAGAUGUAUUACCAGGAUUGUAGGACGCAGGCUGGUACUGAUUCAUUCACAAAUAUGAAUUCAUCACAUUAUGAAUAUUUUUUCCAUAAGAAUAAGACAUUUAAUGUAGCACCACAAUGGAGAUUUGUCGAUGAUACUACUGACGAUUUUGAAGAACGUGGUACAUGUCAACUAAGAUUUACUAUUCCGACAGAUAUGGCACAUACAGUGUAUGUUAAUUACAUGAUAGAGAAGUUUGCUGCUAAUCAUAGACGUUAUGUAUUAUCCUUCAGUGAGGAACAAUUAAAUGGUGAAGCUGCAUCAUAUGAUGUUGUCCACGAGAGAUCAGGUAUAAAUUGUAAACCAUUGGCACGUAACUCUGAAGGUAAAUUAUAUUAUCCAUGUGGUUUAAUUGCAAAUGCAAUGUUUAAUGAUACUUUCCCUUUCGAAUUGACUAAUGUAGAUGAUUCUUCAAAGAAUUAUCCAUUAACAAAUGAAGGAAUUAAUUGGAAAUCCGAUGGAAUAAGAUUCAAGAAGACGAAAUAUAACUAUACGGAAAUUGCUCCACCUCCAUAUUGGGAAAAAAGUUAUCCCGAUGGAUAUAAUGAGACUAAUGUUCCAAAUGUACAUACUUGGGAAGAAUUUCAAAAUUGGAUGAGACCAGGUGCAUUUGAUAAAUCUACUAAAUUGAUCCGUCGUAAUCAAAAUGAUACUUUACCUGCAGGUACUUAUCAAAUUGACAUUGGUUUACACUGGCCUGUCAAUAAUUACAAUGGUAAAAAAGCUGUAUUUAUAACACAUGGUUCCACUAUAGGUGGUAAGAAUGAAUUCUUAGGCGAAAUAUACUUAAUUGGUGGAUGUAUCUGUUUUGCCAUGGCUCUAGUGUUACUAGGUACAUGGUUAAUGACAGGGAGAAAAAUCGCUGAUCCUAAUGCUUUAUCAUGGAACAGACGUACUUGA